AUCCAUGUCAUACCUCGUAUAUUGAUUGUUUCUUGCCGUGUCGGUCAAGGGACUGCUCUGGCCUGCUCCUCAGGCUGUUGAAUGCUCGCCACGGCUUGAUCUCUGCCACCAGACUAUCCUCGUCAUGUCCUCUCCGUUCCCCACCUCCCGCUUGACCCGUGCGAUGGUGUAGAUGUCAGGUUGCCGUCCUCCUCCCCACCGGGCUGGCUGCGCAGCCACACCGAUCCCUCAAACAUGAGUUGCUCUCAAGAUCAAGAAUGAACCUCUCCCAAAGACAUGUCUUGUCUGCCGCCAUUGCAGCGUUCAUCGCUUGGGGCUUUGCAGUCCGCGCCAUUCCCGUCUUGCGCUUCCUGGGAUACGCUUUCACGCUUGGCUGUCUGAUCACUCUGAUGACUUUGCUGGCAGCCACCUUGAGAGUCUCUAGGUCGCGCGCGACAUACCAGGCGCUGUCCUCGCCUCCGAAUGCCUCCCCUGUCUUCCUUCUCCCCCAGAAGUGGGACUCCGAAGUGUCAGUCCUCCGGGUAUCCCAACAAUACCAACCCUUACAUCUCUACGACCAAUCCUUUGUCGUCUCCCAAGCCCUCGAGACUCUGAUUGGUCUUGCGCUGCGCGAUUUCGUUUCCUCCUGGUACCAGAAUAUUUCCAAGAGUCCGGUUUUUGUCAAUGAAGUGGACAGGAACAUUCGCGCUGUGUUGGUGGAGAUCAGAGACCGGAUUCUCGCCGAGGACAUGGUCAAUGUUGUCGUGUCCAGGAUUGUACCCUUGAUCACAGCACAUUUGCGUGACUUUGAUCAGGCUGAACGGGUUGUGAGAGGCCGCAGUUUGAACCGUAACGUCACCGAAUCGGAGGAGCUGGAAUUGGCCAUUGCAGCCAAGUACAAGGAUGGGAAGCUGCAUCCUGCUGCCGCCCUUGCCUAUUCGGAUACAAAGACAGUACAGCAAGACCACCUUCGGAAAACCCUGGUCCGCAUUUUACCGGACCUUUUAUCCUCGACCAUGAUGGGAAGUCGCGCCACUCUGGUGCUCGUGAAGGAAAUUGUCGCCGGUGCCGUCCUGUUUCCAAUCAUGCAGUUGCUAUCUGAUCCGGACACAUGGAAUCAAAUAAUCGAAGCUUAUGGCCGCACCACGUUACAAGACAGAAAGACCGUGCGCAGAAUGAGAGCGGCUUUGGAUCAGCAUGCGUCUCCGAUCCCCAGAAGCAAGACCGGCCAAGAGCUGCCCCGUCUAGCACCCAAUGACAGCGAACGUGCUUUUGAGCGAUUUGUUAGAGCCAUACGCAAAACCAAGAACCUGUCGGAUGCUCGGCGAUUUCGGAGCUCCGUCGCCAGCCAGAUUCAGCGCGAGAGCCUGGUUGAAGGUCAGGAUCCCGUUUAUUUGCGAAGGUUGGAAAUGGCCAAACGCGUACUGGACCAAAAGAUUGCGAAACUCACUCAGACUGGACCCGUUCCGCAGGCGGUGACACCGCCGCUCGACUCGCGGCCCAUUCCUGCUUCGAAGCCGCGCGAAUGGACCAUGGUGGAGAUCAUGCACACUGCUUCGGGGCUGUCGUAUUUCAUGGAAUAUAUGGAUCGUCAGAAUCGUAUGUCUCUGGUCCAGUUUUGGGUGGUGGUCGACGGCUUCCGCAAUCCCCUCGAGGAUGAUUUUGGGGACGAGUUGAAUCCAGGUAUUCAACAAAGUUGGACCGAUGCAGAUCGUAUGGACAUCGCUCAAAUUAGUGAAAAAUACAUGCUAAAGGAAGAACUGAACAUCCCACAAGAGUCCAAGGACGCCAUCAAAGCGUUCUUGGCCGCCGGCCGGAAAGCAACUCCUCAACAAUACCGAGCUGCUAGAACUGCCGUCCUGGCCGCUCAGUCCGCAGUCUUGGAAGAGUUGGAAACACGACAUCUACCAAACUUUAGGAAAUCCGAUCUCUACUACAAAUUUCUAGCUUCCGCCGACGCAGCCGCCGCGCGCCCGCGCCAGCAGAGCACGGGUAAUCUUGCCGAGGCGAACGGGCAGGUUGGGGCUGAUACUACGAGAACCCUAACCCAGACUCCUUCUAUGACGAGAACCAGCUCACAACUUGCGACGCGGAACAAAGAUCUGAGGCGAGCUGCGGUGUCCUCGUCGGAUGUUCGAAGCCUGGCCUCUACCAAGCUAUUUGACGAUGGAGAUUUUGCCAAACGGUCUAGCGGUUCCACCCCAUUGUUCGACGACGGUUAUGACACUGACCCAUUGGCACAUUCCACCCACAGCCUUGGACACGAGUCAUUGAAUGGUGAUUCCCUAGACCAGCGUCAGGUCAUUGAGAACAUGGAGGCAGCUAUGAACAAUAUCAUGACGGACAGCCCGAUGGACGAGACCAUGGGCUACGAUGACGAUACACUUUUUGGUUCCCCAGUGUCGGCGACCAAAUCUUCCAAGAUCGACUCGCCCCGCAGCUCCCUCGAUAUCCCCGGCGCUGAGCAGGCCAACAGACCCAAACCUAGCUUGGCAACUCUCGGCCUUGUCAAUACUUCCUCCCGUAUCGGCGUAUUCACCGACAAUGAUCUCUUUCCCGACGAGGAAAAGUUCAUUGAGGAUGAAUAUGUCGACAAUGACGACAGUAAGGGGGACAAUGGAGACGAAGAUGAGAUCCACGAGGCAGCACCAGGAGAUCUCGGCCUCGCCGAAGCGAUCUCAGCUCUUAAUAACGAUAUAGAGCGCCUGGUAGCCCAGGAAUCGGUGGUGGACACCUUGACUCGCAAGGCUGAGCUAACAAACAAUGUCGCAGAGCUGCGGAUUUUGAACAAAUCCAAAUCAAGUCUCCAGAGGGAAAUCCGUCGGAAGGAGCUCCAGCGCCAGCAAUAUAUAGUCCAAGAAAGCGACAACAGUUUGUAUGGUCGAUCCAGCAUCUCUAUCAAGUCUGUUGUAGUGGGAAAAGAAGACGACGGGCGAGAAUUCGCGUUGUAUGUUAUCGAAGUGCAGAGGCAGGCUGGCGACCAAAUGCCGGCCGCAGUGUGGGCGAUUCCUCGACGAUAUUCCGAAUUCCAUGAAUUACAUCAACGGCUACGACGCAGAUACCCUUCGACGAGGAAUCUCGAGUUUCCGAGAAGGAGGGUUGUAAUGAAGCUUCAAAAGCAAUUCCUGCAGAACCGGCGGCUCGCACUUGAGCAUUACUUGCAGCAACUCCUCCAAAUGCCAGACGUGUGUCGAAGCAGAGAACUGCGCUCAUUUCUCUCACAGUCAAGCAUCAAAUCACAGCAGGACACGAGUAAAGAGUCCAACGCACAAGAUAUCGUGACUCGGAUUUACAACUCUGUCACCGAGGGCAUGGAUGAGUUCUUGGGUAAUGUGUCGGUCCUGGAUCAGCUGUCGGUAGCCGGGCAGAACCUGAUCUCGGCUGCCACGAAUCAGCUGGGAAUGAAUCAGGCCGACAUUGUCCCUCUGGAACCUGGCCCGGUGGCGGAAGCUGAGGCCGAGUUGGCAGCUUUUGAGGAUAAGGAACUGGAACCCUUUGUGAAGCCAAUCUGUGACAUUUUUCUCGAGACCUUUGAGCUGAAUCGAGGGAACAACUGGCUUCGUGGCCGUGCCGUGAUAGUGGUCCUCCAUCAGCUACUCGGAGGGACCAUUGAACGCAAGAUUCGCGAAAUCUUCAAUGGUUUUGUACAAGAGGAAUCACUCCUCAAGUACAUUGACAUGAUCAAGGAAACAAUGUGGCCGGGAGGUGGCAAACUAAGAGAGGCGAAGCCACGAACAGCCGUGGAGAAGAAGAAAACAAAGUCAGAGGCGGCGCUGAUGUUGGCCACUCUGAUUCCCGACCUAGCUGGCAACGUGGUGGGCAGAGCCAAUGCACAAGCUGCCGCCAGAAGAAUCACGGCCACCAUGAACAACGCACGACUCAAUCAGCACCUUGCCUUUACGAUUCUCGACGAGAUCGUCGGGGUGCUGUUUGAUCCUGCAAAGAAAGGGGGCUUCUCCUGAUACAUGAUCUCGUGAGUGAGAAUGUUGCAAGGUGUCCGAGCACGGAAAACGCGUUGGAGCCUGGGUGAGUUCCCGACUGUAUUAUCUUCUUGUCCACGAAGGUCUGGUAUGCGCAAAAAAGGGGUUGGUUGUACAUAGAGAUAGAGAAAAGGGCGUAUUGCACGGGUGAUAACCAUUGCUACGCCUGAAGCAUGAAAUAAUGAUAUGUGAAUAGAGCGCAUCGUCGGACGAAA